AUGGACGGCGCGAGGGAACGUGAAGGAGCGGCGGCGCCCCGCGCGGGCCACGCGCCGGCGCCGCGCGCCGAGCGGCGCCCGGGCGCCGCCGCCCCGCCCCCCGGGGGCGCCAACGCGCGGCGGGGGCAGGGGGGCGGCUGCCUCCGCGAGGCACGCUUGCGGCGGACGGGCGCCUUGUCUCCGCUGCCCCCGGAGCUGGAGGAGCAGCCCUGCGGACUCGACGAGCGCGAUGCGGGACCCCCGGCCGCGGGUGCCGCGCUCAAGAGCCUGGCCGGGUCGCUCCAGUUCCCGGCCGCCCUGAAGGGCCCGAUCUGGCUCAGCGUGGCCGGCUCGCUGCGCGACCGCUUGAAGCGGGCGCGCGUGUGCAUGUUGGGCAUGUCGAGCGAGGCGGAGCAGGAGAGGUGCAUGGCGCAGAUGCGCCAGCGCUUCCUGGCGUACUGCAGCCACUUCAUGGCGGAAAAGGCGCGCGACCUGGCCGUGCGGGUGCAGGCGGCGAAGGCCGCGCGGGACCUGCGGGCCACGGUGGCGAUGAUCCCCCCCGAGAUCUCGCCCUUCGUGCUCGCGCAGGAUGACGACCCGCGGGAGAUGGUGACCGCAGAUGGCUUCGUGAAGAGUUUGUUCCACCUGCCUCGCGUCGCAGACGUGCUCGCCCUCAGGGGAGUCAGCAGAGGCAUCCACGACAUCGCGGGCUCCAUCCACAGGCUCGAAAGGGCGUUGCCCGAGUUCCUGGACGAGGCCGAGGGCGUCGGGAGCCCGAUGGGCCGCGGCCCGCGUGCGGGCGGGACCUCGCCGCCGGGGGCGGUCAUGCGGUCGUUUUCGAGAACGAGGACCUUCGCUGGCUCCGUCAGUUUCGAUGACCCCUGCUCGAUCACCUUGAGGCUUGACGAGAACAAGUACUCAGGGCCCGCCUACUACGUCCUGCGACUGAUGUAUGAGCUGGGGCAGGUCGUAGCACUUUCGUUCUUCUCUGGUGCUGUUGCUGGAGACGGUCGACUCCUUCUACGUUUACAUCACUUGUCCGCUUGCCACGACGAGUCCGCCGUCCGCAAGGCGGCUGCCAGCGUACUCGAUGCAAGCCUGCUCGGAUCCGUGCAUUCAGACGAUGAGUUCGAGAGGGAGAAGACAGUCAAGUCCGCCGAGCAGAGCACUUGG